AGGGUGACCAUGACGGUGAACAAGAGGGUGAACAAGAGGGUGACCAUGAGGAUAAACAAGAGGGUGAACAUGAGGAUAAACAAGAGGGUGACCAUGCCGGUGAACAAGAGGGUGAACAAGAGGGUGACCAUGACGGUGAACAAGAGGGUGACCAUGACGGUGACCAUGAGGAUAAACAAGAGGGUGACCAUGAGGUUGACAAUGAGGGUGAACAAGAGGAUGAUGGUGAGGGUAAACAGGGGAGGGGGGGUGAGCAUGAGUGUGGCCAAGAGGGUGACAAGGAGAGUGAACAAGAGGAUGACCAUGAGGGUGGCCAAGAGGGUGGCCAAGAGGGUGAACAUGAGGGUGAGAAAGACGGUGACCAUGAGGGUGAACAAGAGGAUGACCAUGAGGAGGAUGACCAUGAGAGUGAGCAAGAGGGUGACCAUGAGGGUGACCAUGAGGAUGAACAAGAUGAUGACCAUGUCGGUGAUCAAGAGGGUGAGCAAGAGGGUGACCAUGAGGGUGAACAACAGGAUGACCAUGACGGUGAUCAAGAGGGUGAGCAAGAGGGUGAUCAAGAGGGUGAACAAGGGGGUGAGCAAGAGGGUGACCAUGACGGUGAACAACAGGAUGACCAUGACGGUGAACAAGAGGGUGAGCAUGAGGAUAAACAAGGGGGUGACCACAAGGGUGGCCAAGAGGGUGACCAUGAGGGUGACCAUGAGGGUGAACAAGGGGUUGACCACAAGGGUGACCAAGAGGAUGACCAUGAGGAUGUCUAUGAGGUUGAACUAGAGGGUGACCAUGAGGUUGGACAAGAGGGUGACCAUGAGGAUGUCCAUGAGGUUGAACUAGAGGGUGACCAGUAG